UCUCCCAUGGAUUCUUCACCUCGAUUACUUCCACCUCGAUCUUGUCGAAAGGAGCUUCCGUAACAGUAGCCUGCCUAGCUGGCACUUUUUGAUUGGUAGUAUCCAUUCGCUCCACUCGAUCCUUCUUCCGAGUGGCCUGACCUCGUGGCUUCGUACGUGUCAACAGGAGAUGCGUCGAUUUGAAAUUCGCCGGCAAUUUUCCGAAGUGUAUUCUGUGCGCGUUCAGGACAGUCUCGCUUGUGCGCUUUCUCGAUUUUGUACCGCGAUAGUUCCGUGACCACUACGCAAUCCUGCUACCUUUUUCUCUCCACUCACCGUCGUUGCUCCAUCUCGUUUUUCGCGCUGCCGUGCCGGCUCGCUUUGAUCUGAGGCGCCUCAUAGCCGCACGAGGUGUCGUUUGAGUCAACUCAAAAUUCAUAUCGUUAGUCGCGCUGCCGUGCCGGCGUUCUUUGUUUUGAGCCGCCUCAUAGCCUCACUGCCGUGCCUGCUGGUUUUCCAUAAACUUUUACAUUGGACUCUCUUACGGGAGACACGAUCAUGCAAGGAGGAGCAGUAACUCCUAAGCGGGACUCGGGAAGGGGGCUGACCGAUCGAAAGAUAUGCCUGGCGGUGACGCUAGGGGUGGUGCUGGCGGUGGUGGUGUUCACCGUCCAACGGUCGCUAGAGGAGCAAUCCGCUGCUGCGAUUGUCGAAUCUCAGCCUGGGUUCCCGCCCCUGUCCCCUGACCCAGAAGAGCGGGCCGAGCAGAUUCACGAGCAAACCGAGUCUGCCCGGAAAAAAAUCGAGGAGCUUCAAGCGACCAUAAAAUCUCUCGAAAAAUCCCGGGACGAGACCAAGGAGCGACUAAACAGUGUACUCUCACAGGCUCAGGCUCAGGGGAAACCAAGGACUACUGGGGGAGGGGGAGAAGAGGGAUCGUCUACAGAUGGUUCGGGGGGUAUCAGGGUGGUGGAAGGCACGGGAACUCCGGAUCAGCCUAGCCCUUUCAAGCUGGUUCGGGCCGGACCUGCUGGGAAGGUCCGGUUUCCCCGAACCAACCCUCCGGUGGUUCCGAGCUCAGAAGGGGUCGAUCCAGCCUUGGAGUCUCUUCUGCUCAAAAUAGCUUCGGAAAAAGAGGUUCUGGCUACUGUAGCAGCAGCCGAAGUGCAGAAUUUGAUGGAGAUGUGGAUAAAGCAGGUUAUAAACGUCGGGAUUACGAAUGCUCUCGUCAUCUGCCUCGAUUCUUCUACCGAAGCAGCUUGUAACGCGGCAUCAGCGAACCAGGUCGCCUGCUACCUCGCUCCAAACCUCCCAGCCGCGUUCGGACCCCCGCAAGGCUCGGCAAACGAGAGCCCGAACCAGCGGGCAGCCUCGGUAAUUGACAGCCUAAACGGGGCCAAGUUCUACGUUCUGAGGGAUGCCUUAGCCCUAGGCUACUCCGUCUUAGUCUCCGACCUGGACGUAACCAUUCUCCGUAACCCGUUCUCCUCAGGCGAGCUCGUCCGCGACUGUGACAUAGAGGCAAUGAGUGUGGGUCACGACGAGGCAACCGCGUACGGUUACAACGAUGUAACGGACGAUCCGACCAUGGGGUGGGCGAGAUACGCCCACACCAUGCGGGUCUUUGCCAUGGAUUCGGGCUUUUUCUUGGUUCGCCCCACGGCACCCGCUCUGGAGCUGUUUGAUCGGGUGGCGGCACGGCUGGGGGGGGCGGCGAGAGGAGGGAGCGGGAUUUCGGGGCUGGUGAGCCCCCUUGUGGUGUUCAAUGAGGAAAUGUUCUACCCGUCCCGGCCGGAGUAUAAGGGGGUCUUCAUCUCCAGGCGCGUUCUGGACAUUCACCGGUUCAUCAAUUCUAAGGUUCUAUUCGGCAACCUCAAGAGGGACUACGGCAGGCUGCAGUCUCUAGUGGGGUCAGCAGUGGUAGUGCAUGUCAACUACCAUGUGGAUAAGCUCACGCGCUUAUCAGCCAUCACCUCCUUUUUCAUGGAUCGGGAGAGAAGUGCGUUUGACGCCCUGUCCCUGGCUUCGUCAUGAACCUGUAAAGGGGUUCCGUUGUAGGGCCACUGUUGCAUGCUCAUGUCACAUACUGAAAUUAUGUGGAUAGGUUCGCUUCGCGUGCUUAUCAGUGUUGAAGUAUACUCGACGUGGUUUACCGUACUUCAGUAACCAGCCAUCCCAUCACGUCCUUUUUCACGGAUUAGGAGGGAACUGCGUUUGACGCCCCCUUUCCCUGGCUUUCUCGUGAGGAUCCAUCCAUCAUAUGGUCCCGGGUUUCGCCAUGAGGCUGUUAAGGGGUUCCACUGAAGGGCCACUGUACUGUUGCAUGCUCAUGUCACAUACAUGCUGAUGUUAUGUGGGUAGGUUCACGCACGCUUGUCGUCAGCCAUCACCUCCUUUCUCAGAGAUGGGGAGAGGACUGCGCUUGACAACGCCCCCUGUCCCUGGCUCCGUGCGAGGCUGUAAAGG